GUUUCCUGUCUCGGGAAAGGAAGUGGUGUGCAGCCAGGGAGAGGCUUUGUGUGUGUGUCUGUGUGCUAGUAUUAUAGGCACAGGCAGCAGCGGACAGUUUAGCAAGCUGCACUCUCACCCCCCACCCCCCGAUCAGGAGGAGUCUCUGCUUGCUGCUGCCUGUGUGUGGUCCUAGAUUAGAACAAUACAAGAAGAUCUGUGUAACUGCAUAGAGCAGUGAUGUGAUUUCAGGCUGGAACUAAGGAGCACAAUGCUAUUAGUGACUACAGAUACAGUUAUGGGACACGAUUAGAAGCUCCCGGAUUGAGAGAAAAGCCCCCUAUUGAUUACAUGCAUGGGCGCAGAAAGGCGUCGCCAUGUCUGUUGUAGAUAAACAGCUCUUCUAUGACUGCUUUCAGAGUUUACUUUCCGAAAAGAGAGAAGAUAAUUCCAUGUAUCUGACAACUGAAAAGUACAGCGAAAUAAUCGAGCAGGUCAAAAUUGCCAAACUUGAGAAGAAAAAGUCAUCCCUUUCUUAUCGCCGUCUGAAAAGAUUUCAGAUCUGUUGUGUUGGAGAUAAAGAGAAGCUCAUUGCUCCAUUAUCUGAAACUAGCACUAGCGUCCAGUACUAUAUAACUAACGAGGAUAUGUAUGAUGUCCUGCAUGAAGCACAUGUAAACACUGGGCAUGGAGGAAAACACAGGAUGCUGGCAGAAUUGAAGAAAAGCUACAAAAACGUGACUCAGGAGGUGGUUCUAUUGUUCCUCAAGUUGUGUCUCACCUGUCAGCAGAAGCUCAGUUCUCAAAAGAAAGCAAUUGUUGUGAAACCUGUCAAAUUCUCCGAGCUGGAGAGUCGAUGUCAGGUGGAUUUGAUUGACAUGCAGUCUCAGUCCGAUAAUCCGUUUCAGUUCAUCCUGGUCUAUCAAGACUAUGUGACUAAAUUUGUCCAGUUAAGACCGUUGACCUCUAAAGAACCCAGUGAAGUAGCAAAACAAUUGUUAGACAUAUUUUGCAUAUUUGGAGCACCUUCCAUUAUACAGUCAGAAAGUGGUAGAGAGUUUGCUAACGGUUUAAUAUCUGAAUUGAAGGCUUUGUGGCCUAACUUAAAAGUAGUUCACGGGAAGCUACCUGAUGGGCAAAAUCCAUCUAGUGUGGAGACCACCCAUCAGGAUAUCCAGAACAUGCUCCUGGCCUGGAUGGACAUGGAGAAAAGUCCAAAAUGGUCAGAGGGGCUUCGCUUUGUGCAAAUAAUGAAGAAUACCGAUUACCAUGAAAGUAUAUACCAGUCGCCGUACCAAGCCAUGUUUGGACGGAGUAUUAAAAUAGGACUGUCUACAUCGCCACUUCCCAGCGACGCUGUGGAAGAACUAGAAACCGAGGAAGAGCUGGAAGAAUUGCUGCACACUGUAAAGAACAGACGGUUUGAAAUUCAAAGGCGAGAAAAUGCAAAUCUGGCCUCGGAUCCUCCAGAGAAUGAAAUUAUCACUUUUGACCUGGCCCCCGAUGAGAAUUCUAAUGAUAGAAAAUUGACCAAAGAUGAAUUGAUAAGUUAGGACUAAUUUAACAGCUGCAUCUGUGUGGGGGGCAAUGGGCAGGUACCAAAUGUACAUGAAAAAUUGCAAAUUGUAUUCUGUAUUUAAAAAAAAAAAAAAAGUCCAAACAAGGAACCCCAGUUUGAGAUAUAUAUUAACAAGUUUAGAGCCCACGGGUGUUGUACAUUAUAGCACUUGACUCCACGUAUGGAUGCAAUUAGUGACUUUUGGCAAACAGAGCUUGCACAGUUGUGAAUAUAUGCCUAUUUGCGUACCUCUAGGCAAUUCUGCGUCAAUCAGAUCUUGACUGUUUUUAUCAACCUGUGAACUUGGUGUUUCCGAGUUCUGUUGUGUGUAUGAUGAAGGGACAGUUUCAGAUGGGUCUCUUGCCCCCCAGCAAUGGGGUAGGUGUAAGCACCAAUACUAAAGAUGAUUGUUGCAGCUGUGGACGGAAAACGAUGGUCUUGAGAAUACACUGAUGAAGCUGUGGAUAAUUGACGAUUUGGGAGUUACCAGUGAUCUGACAGUCCCCAUGGCGCUCUGAAGGCACUUUGCAAACAUCUCUGAGACUCUGAAAAUAGAAUGCUCUGGACUUGCGCCUUCUUAGCAGGUGACUCAGAAUCUUGCCCAACAUUAGAACAACUUAGGGCCUAAUUCAGAGGCGAUCGCUGCUACAACAGUGAUCGCACUCUGAAGCCCUUUACGCAGUGCGCACGCACGGCGGGUAAACUGCGCACGUGCACCAAGUGAGAUACGAAAGCAUCUCACUGGUGUGAUGCCUCUAACCUGAUUGACAGGCAGAGGCGGUUGCAGGGUGGGAGGGGGUGUG